CUGGUGAUCCUGCCUUCAAUUUCAUGGCACAGGUACCACAGCAAGCCAGUGCUGUGUGCUCCGAGUUCCAGGGCAUCCUCCAGCUCAGCCACUGCACUGAGCACAAGGACUCUCUGUGGGGCCCAGGAGCAGGAAGUCACCCCUUUGGGGCCCACAACACCCGGCCGUCCCCACACUUGUGUCCAGGGAAGAUAGUGUUGAGGGCCCUCAAGGAGAGUGGGGCAGGGAUGCCUGAGCAGGACAAGGAACCUAGAGUCCAAGAGAGUCCUGAUUAUCAGAGAAGAGUCCCCGAGGUCACCGCGGAUGCACGCUCUGCAUUUAGGCCCCUGCGGGACAAUGGAGGCCUCUCUCCCAUUGUGCCCAGGCCUGGGCCUGUGCAGAGAGACCUCCAUGCCCAGAGGUCAGAAGUCAGAUAUAAUGAGACAUCCCAGACCUCCUGGACGAGCUCGUGCACAAAACGCAAUGCGAUCUCGAGCUCCUACAGCUCCACGGGAGGCUUCCCGUGGCUAAAGCGGAGGAGGGGGUCAGCCUCAUCCCACUGCCAGCUGACCAUCAGGUCCUCAAAGACAGCGAGUGAGGACAGGCCUCAGGCUGUCUCUUCGGGUCACACCCGGUAUGAAAAGGCAGCAGAUAUAGCACCAGGGCAGACACUCGCCCCCAGGAAUGGCUCCCCCAGAUCCCAGGCCUCUAGCCCCCGUAGACGCAAGUUUCCCCUGCGGCCACGCAGGCGAGGGGAGCCCCUGAUGCUGCCACCUCCCUUAGAGCUGGGGUUCCGGGUCACUGCUGAAGACCUGGACCGGGAGAAGGAGGCGGUGUUCGAGAGCAUCAACAGUGUACUGCGGGGCGAGCCCAAGGCCAUCUGGGACUGCAGAGCCUCACGGCCUUCCCACGCUUUGUCCUCACUUGCAACAGGGGCUUCUGGUCUGCCUGCUGUCUCUAAAGCACCCAGUAUGGAUGCACAGCAGGAGAGACACAAGUCCCAAGACUGCCUGGGCCCAGUGGCCCCCCUAACAUCUGCUGCAGAGGUCCCCUCUACAGCUCCUGUGUCUGGGAGGAAGCGCAGACCAUCAGGCUCCCUGUUCUCCUCCUCAGAUCCCCUUCCUGCCACCUCUUCCCACUCCUGGGACUCAGCCCAGGUCACCUCGCUGAUUCCGGCCCCCUUCCUAGCUGCAAGCAUGGAUGUGGGCAUGAGAAGCCCAAGGCCUGGCACUUCUGGAGCCAGUUCUAGCCCUCCAGCCACACCCAUGGAAAUUGAGAGUACAGAGGUGGGCCCAGGACCCAGAGUGCGUGCCCAUCUCCAGCCCAGGGCAGCUCCCCUGUAAGCUGGGUGAGCUACUGAAGCCAAGGCGGGAGGCAGCUGACAACACCCAAGGCCCAUGCGGAGGUGGUGGAAAGGCUGGACUCAGCAGCAACACCAAAUCCCAGACCAGGCAGACACCACCGAAGACUGAGGGGCUCGUGCCAGAGCGGUGGCCACAGAGUCACAACAGCCUCUCCCCAGUGGGGAUCAUCUCUCUCUGCCAAAGCAACAGCGGUCCCUGCCCCAACCAGACUACCCCACUCAGUGGAGUUACGGAUGCUGCUCCAGCAUCCUCACACUGCCCAGCUGGCGCCUGCCUGUGCUCACCCACACCUCCCAGGCCGGCCUUCCCUGCAGCCUGGGCUUGGCCACUGUGGCCUGAUUGAGCACUGAGGCCUCCUGGGCACCCAGCCCCAUCACUGCACCUGCCGCUUCCAGCCCCACCCCACCGGCUCAGGGCUUCUUCCCAGCGGCGCUCAUCAUGGAAUCAACAUGCACGAAAGUCGUCUCAGGAAACUUUUUAAUGAAAGUGUCGGCAGUUCUUUCCCCCACGGGGGUGUGUAGGUGGCUGAGCUCAGAUUGCAGCUGCUAAGACACCAGCCACUUACCGAGAGAAAGCCAGGCUGCUUCAAACCCAGGGCCUGAGGCAAAAAAGCAUCACUUCUGGUCGGGGAGUCUGGAAGCCAUGCCUUG